UGCUACACAGCUUUCGUAGGAGUCCCACUCUUUUCCUUUCACUUUUAUGAGGAUCACUUGCUCUUUCCACCUUCAAAGCAGCCUUUUAUGUCUCUAAAGACCAUUAUCAUGCCUCCCCGCUUCUUUUUGCCUUCCUUUUUAGUUUUGUGCCAGACAUCCGAUCAUUCUUAUCACCCUUCUCUGGAUUCUCGUUGCCCUGCAUGCCUGAAUCGUGGUAUCUGCGGUUGGACAUAGCUCCUCGGCUCAGCUGGCUGUCCUCUUGCUUAUGCACCUUGAUGCAAGGUUUGCCUUUUCACAGCAGCUCUUUUUUUUCCCUCACUGUAACCUGCUGGUCCCAGUCCCUGGAGCUGCUGCCUAGCGAUUGUUCCCUGUCCUACACAACUGGUUACUCCUGCAUCAAUGCAAUUAGUGGAUAGCCUGGGAAUUUUUUCCACUUGUGUCUGUCUGAAGUGGUCAUUGCCUUUAAUCCACACUUGCAAGCAGCAGUUUAUGAGCUCUUACUGCUACUCAUGAUUCCAGGCUGACAGUUUGCAGGGAACUCCGAGUGGGAUGAUUGGCAGCAUCAGUUUUGAGGUGUCUGUGUCUGAUAGGUUUACUGGUUUAAUCUUUCCCAACUUUUGUUAUCAUGCCCACAUAAUAUAUUGCACUCAGAAAGAAAAAAAUUAUCUGGCUGAUAGACAAGGACAUGCCAGGGUUUUAUAGAUCCCUGCAGACCCUAUGGUGAUUUUAUUUCCUUGAUAUUGUAAGUGAAACCAGCAUUCAAGUUAGGUGAUUAUAGAAAGCGGCCCUUGACUUUGGCUGUUACGGAUGAUCUGGUUUCUGUGAAUGUCUGGCUUCGUAUGGGACAGGUGACCCUCUUUGUAUUGAUUUGUAAUAAGCAGGAUAAGAACGAAAUGCAGAUUUCUGUGCCCUCCUCAGGUGGAUGUUGAUUGAUCCCAAGGGCUUGCAGCGAUGUCAAAUAACUUCUUUUUUUUUUUUUUGAAGGCUAUUGAAAAUGUGGAUCGUGAUAAAAUUUGACAGUAUCACCUAAAGUCAUUAUAAUAUUUUUCAAAUUAUCUCUGUCCCGUUGUUUCCUUCUUUUGUUGAGAUGAGUGAAUACUGGGAAUUAAGUAGCUGUGCUUUCAUUGGCAGAAAUACCAUUUAUGGUAGAUAUGCUCUUCGUUUACUUCAGAGGAGUGAAUCUUGAUCUAUUUUGUUGUAACCAGGGUCAUAAUUAGGCCGCCAGGGCAGCUAUCAAAAUGGAAUUAAAAACAAUUUUUGUAAACAGAGUUCAAAGUUCUCCGUUAUUUGACUGAGAGUCAGACCUAGGAGUGUAACUACAACCACAUGCACACUUUGAAGUGGAGUGGCUGAUUUUGGGGUUUGUUGUCCAUUUACCUGCAGUCUCACUGUUGCCAGGACAAAAAGGAGACAAUGAGAUUUGUUUUCUUUGCUCCUAUGUAUAGACUAGAUUGUCUCUUAAAGCAGGGAAAAAAACACAUCUACAGGGAGCUUGAUGGACAGAAGAAAAUGGUAGCCAGUCCUUUUAAGAUGAGGGAUUAGAGACCUCUGCUUAGCUGCAUGGAGGAAGGCUUCUGGGGCUCUCAGGAGCUGCUGUGAAGGUGAUCCGGGGAGAAUUAUGAAAGCAGUGAAGCCUGUGAGCUGGCCCCCAGGGCUCAGUUCCUGAGGCCAGUGCAACGCAAGGGGGUUGGUGCUUGAAGCAUAUCUGCUUGCCUGCAUCUCUUCAGCCAUGCAUGCACGUGGAAUUCCCUGUUUAAAAGACCUGUGAAGAGGUGGUGUGUUUGUAGCUUUUGGAUUGGAGCAAGGGGUUAAGAAUCACCAGCAAAUUGAAAAGCGCAAAGCUGCAAGAUGUCGGGCCGAAGUGGGAAGAAGAAGAUGUCCAAACUCUCACGCUCAAGCAGGGCGGGCGUUAUUUUCCCUGUGGGGAGGAUGAUGCGCUACUUAAAGAAAGGAACAUACAAGUACCGGAUAGGUGUUGGAGCACCAGUUUACAUGGCAGCUGUCAUAGAGUACCUAGCAGCUGAAAUUCUAGAAUUAGCAGGAAAUGCAGCACGAGACAACAAGAAAGGAAGAAUUGCCCCCAGACACAUCCUCCUGGCAGUUGCAAAUGAUGAGGAACUGAAUCAGUUGCUGAAAGGUGUGACUAUUGCAAGUGGAGGUGUCCUGCCCAGAAUUCAGCCAGAGCUUCUAGCCAAGAAACGUGGUGCCAAAGGCAAAUCUGAGACCAUCCUUUCACCUACUCCUGAGAAGAAGGGAAGGAAAUCCAUGGUGAACAAAAAGAGUGGGAAGAAGGCAAAGUCUACCAAGGCCCGGACACCCAAAAAGAACAAACAAAAGGACAACGAAAAAGAAGGAACUUCAAAUUCAACAUCUGAAGAUGGACCUGGGGAUGGUUUUACUAUCUUGUCCUCCAAGAGCCUUGUGCCAGGACAAAAGCUUUCUCUGACACAGAGUGACAUCAGCCAUAUUGGCUCCAUGAAAGUAGAAGGCAUUGUUCACCCUACAACUGCUGAAAUAGACCUCAAGGAGGAAAUAGGCAAGGCAUUGGAAAAGGCUGGAGGGAAAGACUUUUUAGAAACAGUGAAAGAGCUUCGCAAAUCUCAAGGACCUUUGGAAGUUGCUGAAGCUGCACUUACUCAGUCUAGUGGCCUUGCGGCAAAGUUUGUCAUCCACUGUCACAUCCCACAGUGGGGAUCAGACAAGUGUGAAGAGCAGCUUGAAGAGACUAUAAAGAACUGCUUAACAGCCGCAGAAGACAAGAAGUUAAAGUCCGUGGCUUUCCCUCCAUUUCCCAGUGGCAGAAACUGCUUCCCAAAACAGACGGCAGCCCAGGUGACUCUAAGAGCUAUUUCCACCCAUUUCGACGGCACCAGCUCUUCCUCCUUGAAGAACAUUUACUUUCUGCUCUUCGACAGUGAAAGUAUUGGCAUCUAUGUGCAAGAAAUGGCCAAGCUAGACACUAAGUAGCAAUGGCAGCCAAAUGAAACUUUAUUUUUCAACAAACUUGAGUAGCAUUAAAAGCAUUAGAGGUGGGUUUUAUUUUUUCAAUGUGAUGAGGAGGGGGAGUGGUAGUAGUGUGACGUGUUGUGACUUGAUGAAGAGCUGUGACUAGAGAUGAGAGGGGUUUAGUCUGAUUUCUUCAUGCUAUCAGCAUCCUCUAGCCAUGUAUAUCACCUUAAGAAACUGAGUUACCAUCUCUUUUCAGGAGUUUGCUUAGUGUCCCUUGUUACUUUAGUUUAGAAGUUUUUAAAGAGUAACCUCAUCUUAGAUUUGUAGUGAUGAAUAUUUCACACACACACACACUUUAAAGAAAGCUCUUUAAAAUGUUCUCCUCCCUUUUCCCCUCCCUUGAGGACAGAUGGUAAACUUCUGCCUCCAGCCCACAGAGACGGGAAAGGGAUUUUAAAAGUGAUGCAUGAGGAGCUUCUGUUUUGCUUUUAACUCACAAUAAUCUCUGUAAUUACUGAAAAUAUUUCAUGGUGAUUUUGUUUGUUUUAUAAGAAAAAAAGAAAAAGAUGUGUCAAGUGUGGUUAUUGUUAUAAACCCUACUUCUGCUCUGGGAAUGUCUCACCUUUAAAAGAAAGAAAAAAAGCAGCAGCAUCUGUAAUUAAGUGCUUACUGUGUCACACCUAGCACACAACUAACCUGUAGUGCUCUAAGUGACAUAAUAAAAGCUGCAUUAUAUUCUGUUGAGUUUCAGGAUUACAAUAGCCUCUUCAAGGCUUUAAGCAGGCUUUCCCCAGGCAG